AUGGAGGAUUGCCGCAAUAUUCUUCCAAAGAAGGUUUUCGAUCUGUGGGAAAAAUUAUUGUGCGAAGCCGGGAUACCUGAGACUGACAAAUUCUAUUGUCCCUUUAAGGACUGUUCUGCGCUCAUGAUCGAUGACGGUGACCACAAUGGCAGAAAAUUGGCCAGAAAAUUUAAGUGUCCUCAUUGUGAUAGAAUGUUUUGUGCAGAGUGCAAGGUUGCUUGGCACCAUGGAAUCAGGUGCAAGGAGUUUCAGAGUCGUAACAAAGACAGGAUGGAGAAGGAGGAUGUUAUGCUGAUGGGGUUGGCGAAGAAACAGAGUUGGCAGAGGUGCCCUAAUUGCAACUUCUACGUUGAGAAAAGUGAUGGGUGCCCAUCCAUGAUAUGUAGGUGUGGAGAGAUUUUCUGUUACGUAUGUGGAAUUACUUACAAUAAAUGCUCUUGUAGAAAUUAG